AUGGAAACGUUAAGAUAUCUAGCUAAUGCAUGUGGAUUCCGUGGAAAAAGGUCCACCACAAAACCAUCUAUCAUCUCUCAGGAGAUUGAUUCAAUCUGUUUACAUAACCCGAUUCCAAUACAUCUUCGUCUAUACGGUUUACCUAUUCUAUCUCUAUACCCAUUACUCUAUUACACAUAUCACUAUAAAUACGAUCAAUGGGUCGUAUCGGAAGAAUGGACUUUUAUCUAUUGUGUAUUGCUUGGUGCAGGUCACGCAUUGAGUUUCUUAACUACAGCUUGGUCGAGUGGGGUCAAUGCGAAAAUCAGCUAUACAUCAGCAAACUCGCUGAAAGAAGCUGGUAAAAUCAGAGUUUUACCUAAGAAAGGUAGAGGAAAAGGUGAAAUCGUUCCUCUCGAUGUCAAAAUGGCUCCCGGCGCUACCGAACCAACUUAUUCAUUCAUAUAUCAAAGGGAUACUUAUGUAUAUGAUUCAUCAUCUGGAGCAUUUACACCUAUUCCUUACCCAUGUGAUGAUUCUCCACCAUUGUCAACAUUUCAAUCUUCAAGAGGUAUCUUGACACAUCCAACUAAGAAAUCAUCUUUACCUAAUUUGGAUACAUUGAAAGCAACUUAUGGACCAAACGAAUGUCAUAUUCCAAUUCCUAGAUUCACAGAAUUAUUCGCAGAACAUGCCGUCGCUCCAUUCUUUGUUUUCCAAAUUUUCUGUGUUGCUCUUUGGUGUUUAGAUGAAUAUUGGUAUUAUUCCUUAUUCACCGCUUUCAUGUUGGUUGUUUUUGAAUGCACCGUCGUAUUCCAAAGAGUUCGGACUCUUACCGAAUUCAGAACAAUGAGCAUCACCCCUUACCCCGUUCACGCUUUCAGAGAUGGUAAAUGGGUAGAAGUAGUCAGCUCAGAACUUGUUCCAGGGGAUCUUGUCAGCAUCUUACGAACCAAACCUGAUUCCGGCAUCCCUUGUGAUCUCCUCCUUCUCCGUGGAACAUGUAUCGUCAACGAAGCGAUGCUCUCAGGAGAAUCUACUCCACUCUUGAAAGAAAGUGUUGAGCUUCGGGAAGGAUCAGAUAGAUUAGACAUGAAUGGUGCCGAUAGGAACAGCGUUCUAUUUUCUGGUACAAAGGCUUUACAGGUUGAAAAAGCCGGAGAAGGCGGCUUGACUACUCCCGACGACGGAUGUCUUGCCGUUGUUCUUCGAACUGGUUUCGGUACUACCCAAGGUCAACUGGUUAGGACUAUGAUUUUCUCCACUGAACGUGUAUCUGCCAACACAUUCGAAGCUUUCCUCUUCAUUGGUUUCUUGCUCAUCUUCGCUAUCGCUGCCAGUGCAUACGUAUGGGUCAAGGGUCUUGAACGAGGAAUGGCUAAAGGAAAACUUCUUCUUGAUUGUGUAUUGAUUAUUACUUCCGUCGUCCCUCCUGAGUUACCAAUGGAACUAUCUCUUGCCGUCAACGCAUCUCUUGUCGCCCUUCAGAAAUACGCUAUCUUCUGCACUGAGCCCUUCCGAAUUCCUUUUGCUGGUCGGGUCGACGUUUGUUGUUUCGAUAAAACUGGAACUAUAACCGGAGAAGAUUUGGUUGUGGAAGGUAUUGCUGGUGUAGACUCCACCGAUCCCAAGAAGCUUGUCCCCGUUACAGAGACCAGCAAAGACACUACCCUUACCCUCGCUGCCGCUCAUGCUUUGGUUCUGCUAGAAGACGGCACAAUCGUAGGAGACCCUAUGGAGAAGACCACUCUUUCCGCUCUUGAUUGGAAACUCUCUAAAGGUGACAAUAUCUCCCCUAACUCCAAAGAGGCUCCCCAUAAACAUCAGAUCAUUAUUCGAAGACGAUACCAAUUCUCCUCUGCUCUCAAAAGAAUGUCAACCAUCUCCGCUGUGUCAGAUCAUCAAGGUAGGAAAUGGGUUGCAGCUGUCAAAGGUGCACCCGAAACCCUGAAGGCAAUGUAUGUAUCCGUUCCGGAUCAUUACGAAGAGACUUAUAGAUGGUACACCCGACGAGGAAGUCGAGUAUUGGCUUUGGGUAUCAAAGAGAUGAACGUUAAACCUGAACAAAUCAACACAAUUCAACGAGAUGCUGUAGAGUCGAAACUUACUUUCGCUGGUUUCCUUGUAUUCCAUUGUCCCCUCAAAGCAGAUGCUGUUGAGACAAUACAUAUGCUCAAUGACUCUUCUCAUAGAUGUAUUAUGAUCACUGGCGAUAAUCCUUUGACUGCCGUUCACGUCGCCAAAGAUGUCGAAAUCGUUGACAGAGAAGUGAUGAUUCUUGAUUUGAAGGAGGGUACCACAACCGAUGAGCUUGUUUGGAAGAACGUCGAUGAAACCGUUGUCAUUCCUGUCAAAUCAUCCGAACCAUUCGAUCAAAAGCUUUUCGAUCAAUAUGAUAUCUGUAUAACCGGUGUUGCCCUAAAACAAUACGAACAAUUACCUACUUGGAAACAUCUUUGUCAACAUACAUGGGUUUACGCUCGAGUCUCACCUUCGCAAAAAGAAUUCAUCCUUGAAACCUUGAGAGAUUUGGGAUAUGUCACCCUAAUGGCAGGAGAUGGAACAAAUGAUGUAGGAGCCCUUAAACAAGCUCAUAUCGGAGUUGCUUUAUUGGACGGUUCACCAGAAGAUUUGAAAGCUAUCGCAGAACAUCAAAAGAUGGAAAGAAUGAAAAAGGUCUACGAACAACAAGUUAAAAUUUCAGCUAGAUUCAACCAACCUCCCCCUCCUCCACCACCGGUCCUCAGAGACGCUUAUCCUGAAUUGGUUAAAACUCAAUUAGAAGUAGCGGAGAAGCAUAAAGGUGCUAAAAAGCAAAACCCAAUGGAAAAGUUCGACAUGGCGACUAUCACAGCGAAGUUAUCAGAACUGGACGAAGAUCAAGACGUACCUCAAAUCAAACUUGGUGAUGCAUCAUGCGCAGCACCAUUCACAUCGAAAUUAUCAAACGUCUCUGCAAUUACUAAUAUUAUAAGACAAGGUAGAUGUACAUUGGUAGCUACUAUUCAAAUGUACAAGAUCUUGGCGUUGAAUUGUUUGAUCACUGCUUAUUCACUAAGUGUACAAUAUUUGGAUGGUAUCAAAUUCGGCGAUUAUCAAGUAACAAUCACUGGAAUGUUAAUGAGUGUUUGUUUCUUGUGUAUUUCAAGAGCUAAACCCGUGGAGAAACUCUCAAAGGAGAGACCGUUAGGAAAUAUCUUCAACUUUUACGUCUUACUUUCGGUCUUACUGCAAUUCGCCAUUCACAUCGUCGCCUUGGUAUACAUCACUGGACUUUCCAAAUCACUUGAAGACCGAGGUGAAGUUGAUCUCGAUAAGAAAUUCGAGCCUACUUUGCUCAACACUGCCAUUUAUCUCCUUGGUCUCUCUCAACAAGUCUCCACUUUUGUAUUGAACUUCCAAGGUAGACCAUUCCGAGAAGGUAUCCGAGAAAACCCACCUCUUUAUUGGGGUUUGUUGGGUGUUUCUUGUGUAGCUUACAGUGGAGCGACCGAUUUCUUCCCUGAAUUGAACAGAUGGUUACAACUUGUCGAAAUGACCAGUUCUUUUAAGUUCAAAUUGACUACUUCAAUGGUGCUUGAUUUCGUUGGAUGCUGGGCAAUCGAAAAGUCCUGCAAAGUCUUAUUUGCAAGUUUGGAACCUGCCGAGAUGGUCACUCGAGGCAGAGAGAGAAGAGAAAAGAGAAGGUUAGAAGAGGAGAAGCAAAAGGUGCAAUUGGAGCAAGAGAAAGCCUUACUUGAAAUUGAAAAGAAAGUUCAAUAG